AUGUUUCGUGGAGCUGCUCAUAAUAUGUGCAACCUAAAAUAUAGAAUUACAUGGAAAGUUCCUGUGGUCUUCCACAAUCUAAGAGGUUACGAUAGCCAUCUAAUUAUGCAAGAGAUUGGUAAAUUUAAGAUGAACAUUAACGUAGUUCCAAAUAACAUGGAAAAAUACAUUUUAUUCUCACUAGGUAAAAAUCUUGUCUUCAUAGACUCUAUACAGUUUAUGGCUUCUUCAUUGGAAGCACUCGUGAGUAACCUUUCACCUGAGGACUUCAAGAUAGUAGGUAAGAGGUGGAAGGGUGAGGACUUCAACUUAGUAACACAAAAAGGAGUCUUUCCAUAUGAAUUCCUGGAUAACAUUAGUAAACUUGAUGCUGAGGGUCUUCCAAGUAAAGAUAAAUUCUACUCAACACUGUACGAGUCAGAGGUGAAGGAAGAAGAUUACCAAAGAGCUCAGAAAGUAUGGGAUCACUUUGGAAUGAAAACUAUGAGAGACUACCACGAUCUCUACCUAGAAACUGACGUUCUUCUACUAGCGGAUGUUUUUGAAAACUUCAGGAGAACCUGCUUGGAAAAUUAUAAACUUGACCCUGCACAUUACAUAUCAGCACCCAGUCUAAGUUGGGAUGCAUUCCUGAAACAGUCAGGUGAAGAAAUAGAACUUGCAAGUGAUAUGGAUAUGUUCCAGUUCUUUGAGAAGGGAAUGAGAGGUGGGAUAAGUCACAUUGCUCACAGACAAGCUACAGCUAAUAAUAAGUAUAUGGAAACGUAUAACGAAGAGCUCGAAAACAAGUACCUUAUGUACCUCGACGCCAACAAUUUAUAUGGCUGGGCAAUGUCACAACCACUACCUAAUGGAGAGUUUGAGUGGGUCGAGGAAUUUGAUGGUAUAAACCUUGAUGACUACCUUGGAGACAACGGAAGGGGUAUGGUUCUAGAGGUUGACAUGGAAUAUCCACAAGAACUUCACAAUCUACAUAACGGUUAUCCGCUAGCCCCAGAGAGCAAAGAGAUUAAUGCUUCAAUGUUGUCAGAUUACGCAAAAAGUAUUGCUGAGAAAUUUCAGCUAACAAUUGGAGGAGUAAGAAAACUGGUGAACUCUCUUGGACCAAGGAAGAACUACGUCUUACAUGCACGUAAUCUAAAACUCUACACAGACCUUGGAAUGAAACUCACAAAGGUUCACAGAGCGGUCUCAUUCAAACAGUCCCCUUGGCUUAAGAACUAUAUUGACUUCAAUACAAAGAAACGGUCAGUAGCACGUAAUGUGUUUGAAAAGAACUUCUUCAAAUUAAUGAACAACUCAAUCUAUGGAAAGACAAUGGAAAAUCUUAGGAAAAGAGUCGAUGUAAAAUUAGUGUCAUCGAAAAACGACCUCCUAAAACUUACGGCAUCACCGUGCUUCCAGUCACAUAG